GAAUAGGUUACAUCAAGACAAGUGAGGUCUCAUCUUCCAAAGACUGCUCACACAGAUGCUUGCAUGCACGCACACACACGAACACCGCUCACACUGGCUUUGAUCCAUAGGACUGCCAGCGAGUCAGGAGAAUGUGCUAAAUCAUGGGGAGGAAUGGACAGUGAACAUCUGAGAGGAGAGAGGUGGAGAGAGGAAGGGAUCAUUUUGGGACCUUGAAGGGGAGUGAGUGCAUUGCAUGUAACAGAGGUUUCAGGUGUGAGGACUGACAGGAGAGGAAUAGCAAGCACAGCGGAGUGGUGACGGAUCCACUCUGAAGCCUAUUGCUGUUUUCGGUUUGGAUGGAAUGGAACUGAAUCCCUUUGUAGCCAAGUGAGGACACUCUUGGUCGAGAGACGUGUGACAAUGACUUUCCCCGACCAAGAUGAGACAGGCUUCUCCUUCUCCCUCUCUCCGUCAUCCUCCCCCUCUCUCUCCCUCUUGCCCACACGAGCCCCCUCCAUCUCCUUCUCCUCCGACCCAUCACCCCCCCUGUCCUCCUUGGUAUUCUCCCUCUCUAACGCCACCAUCUCUCCAUCCAACUGUUCCGAUUCCCCGCCACCCUCAUCACCUCCCUAUAACUUCUACGCGGUGCUCCUGGUGCUGCUGAUCUUCUGCGUGGUGUUUGGCAAUGUGCUGGUGUGCAUGGCGGUAUCGCGUGAGCGUGCUCUCCAGACCACCACCAACUACCUGAUCGUCUCCUUGGCUGUGUCUGACCUUCUGCUGGCUACACUGGUCAUGCCCUGGGGCGUCUAUCUGGAGGUGGUGGGGGAAUGGCGCUUCAGUCUCAUCCACUGUGACGUCCUGCUGACCUUGGAUGUCAUGAUGUGUACUGCCAGCAUCCUCAACCUCUGUGCCAUCAGCAUCGACAGGUACACGGCGGUGGCGAUGCCCAUGCUGUACAACACCAGGUACAGCUCCAGGAGGAGGGUGGCUCUGAUGAUUGCUGUGGUGUGGUUCCUCUCGUUUGCCAUCUCCUGCCCUCUGCUGUUUGGACUCAACAACACAGCGAGUCGGGAAGAGACAAAGUGUGCCUUCGCCGACCCGUCCUUCGUGGUCUACUCGUCCGUGGCCUCCUUCUAUGUUCCCUUUAUCGUGACCCUCCUGGUGUACGCCCAGAUCUGCGUGGUGCUGCGGAGGCGUGGCCGACGCACCGUCCCCCGCCGACACGGUCUGCACCCCCGAGGAGGGGCCCGGGCAGGGGGGGACCACCAGAACAGGAAGUGUACCCACCCAGAAGAUGUGCAGCUGUGCACUUUAAUAAUGAAGCCCUCCGCUACAGCCCCUCAAGUGACGUUAGUGAAGGAGGCGACGGUUCACCCCCUGGAGGUGGAGCCAGCGGGGCAUGGUUUAAUAUCCCAGUCAGACCGCAGCCUCCCCCGGCCUUACGCUCCUCUUCAAUCCUCUGGGAAGGCCAACAACAUCUCCCAUUCGAUCUCGGUGGCACCCGUGCCUUACCUGACCCUUUCCCCGUCAGUGGCGCCGCGCCCCGUCCUCACGCCCCGCGCGGUUACUUUUGGGGAUGGCACGAGGGGCCGUGAGGGAUGGAGGGAGCGCAGUGCAGAUCGGGAGAAGGGAGCGCUGGCCAAGGAAAGGGUGAGGGGGAGGCUGUCACAGCAGAAGGAGAGGAAGGCAACGCAGAUGCUGGCUAUCGUGCUAGGUGUGUUCAUCAUCUGCUGGCUGCCCUUUUUUCUGACCCACGUGCUGAAAGCCCACUGUGGCAGCUGCUGCAUCUCGCCCUCCCUGUACAGCGCCGUCACCUGGCUAGGGUACCUGAACAGUGCUGUCAACCCCGUCAUCUACACCACCUUCAACGUUGAGUUCCGGAAGGCCUUCAUCAAGAUCCUACACUGCUGAGUUGCAGGGAGGAUGGAAGCACAAGUGGAGAGGCAAAUAGGGAUGCAUUGAUGUAUCGGCCAGCAGUCUGUGUCGGGGGACUGGGAGUUACAGUGUAAUAAUCGCUAUCAGCCAAUUGCUUUAAAUCGUGAUCGGCUGGUUGCAUGGCAACCGUAGCUGCCACAGCAACAAACAUUUUUAUUCCAGGCAUUAACUUUUAUUACGCACAUGGAUUUCAUUUUCCUGGUGUGUAGAGAAUCUGCCUUGUUACAGCACUGUUCUCAAGGUUAUUGAACUCCUGGUGCUAUUGUCCUUGCGACUUGAGAAACACAGAGCACACUGUCCUCAUAGUUGGAGCCAAUGAAUCCAGCACACUCUAUGCAGACCAGCUGUGCAAGCAACUUCAGAGUGUGCAUGAUAUUCAGUAGGGGAGGGAGAGGGCGCGCCGCAACAACCUGUGCAGUACCGUAGCCUCCCGGAGUGGAUCUUGGCAGCAAUAUACAACGCUACUUGUUACUAGGAAUAAAUCAUUGUACAGCGUACUCGUUCUUCCUGUGUUAUAUGGUGUAAAGGGAUGGGGAUUGGAUGCCACAAUGAAUGGCUGGUAGAUUUACCUUACACAUUUGCAGGUGAAACAAAAAAGUUAACUUGAUGUCCUUCCUAGAAGAAUUUAGUGUUUUUCAGGCUGCAAACUGUGGGAUUAUUUACAAAUCUUCAGACACACAGCUAAUUUAAACAUAUUAAUCCCUACCAAAAGAACAACAACAAGCAGUUUUGAGAGUUAAAUAGCUUACCUAACUUAUUUACUACAUUUAUAAACAGGCAGAGAAAGGGACUUUGUAUUUAUUGUAUCAUUUAUACAUUUUCCAUUAUCAGACUUAUUUUGGAGAGCUGUUUUUACUGAAAUACAUGGGAAGAUAACUUUUAUAUGAUUACAUUUACAUUUGUUGAAAUAAGAUUUUUAUUUCAUUUUUGCCAGGCUACACAGCUACAGAAAUGACAAAACAUCAGUAGCGGUAUCGAUAUCAGCCGAUUGUGGAAUAUGGAUAUCAGUUAUCGGCAUGGUCCAACACUUUUCUUAUUGAUGCAUCCCUAGCAAAUAUAGCAGACUACAAACUAAAAAGGGAAAAGUGGGGUAACAGUUGACAAGGUGACAAGGAGACUUGUCCCUUGCUCACAAUCAUCGCUGGAUGUAGACAAUUUAAACAGAAUCUAAGACAAGAUUUAAACCGAAGAAAGCUUAGACAAAAAUACAUUAUAAAAAAAGCCAUGGGAAUUGAAGGGAGGCACACUACUGUACAUGGAAAACAGAGAGACAUUGUAAAACGUGGCUCUCGUCUAUAGGCCGACAGUUCCCCUGAGGCAGGGAACAAACAGGCAAUAGACUGGCUACAGUGGCUCAAGUGUCUCACUCUGGAUGACGAGGACUCAGUGUGUCAAUCCCUCUCUGAUAGUGCUCUGAAAUGCAUAGUGUCAAAGCCUCAGCAGAUAAUGGCCCUGUUUUUACACAGAGACAGCGUUUACAGACGUUGUGAGGUGUCUUUAAACAAGAUACAAUUGGAAAUGUUGGACAGACGACCAGCCGUGGACUCCUGCACAGUCAGUGUUUUUCCUGUAGAGAGCAGGGCAUGGUUUCUCAUUUUGUCCCUGUGUAAACGUAGUAAUAUCACGCCACAUUACGACCAGUGGAGGUUUGUUUUUCGUGCAAAUUGUGUGUUUGUGCAAAUUGUUCAGUGGGCUUAUAGGAGCUGUGCUGUAAAUGUCUGUACAAAUCUUUAUUAUAAUAAACGGACUGUUAUUGUACAGAUGGAGGUAAUACAUUAUUUUAGUCAUGUCGUUUCUGGUCUAUUUCAAGUCAGCCGUGCUGCAGGGUGGGGCUCACAGCACAUGGGAAAUCAAUUCAGGAGUUAAGAAAAUUGCAUUCCCAGCA